ACUCGUCUCGCCCGGAGUACGAUGGCGGUCGACGUAUUUUCAUCUCGCGUAGCUCGUAGCUGACGGUAGCUCGUGCUCGCGGGAGGCUGCUCUCCUCUCACGAGUCUCACGACGCUCGUGUCGUCGUCUAUAGGUUAAGUCGGGAGGAGGACGAGUGCGUUUGGAAAACGAUGAAAAUGUCAACUUCUCUUGCCUCUGAUGGAAUACAAGUAUCGUGUUUCGUGUCGCGUGUGAUUUUUUAAUCUGGUAUCCGAUUUAAUGUCGAAAGGAGAGAAAAUUGGACAUUGGACGUAUCGUGUCUUUGAUCUUUUCCGAGCAAGCCUAAAGAGCCUGAGAAGAGCUGGAGAUGGAGAUGGAGAGGGCCGAGGAAGAGAAGGCUGUUCCCUCCUCUGUGACUUCUGUGACCUCUAUGACUCAGUGCUACGAAAAUUACAUUAUAGUCGACGUGGGUGCCAAUCUAACGAAUAAAAAGUAUAGCCGGGACUUGGAUAGCGUGAUACAAAGGGCGAAGGACGCCGGGGUGCAAAAGAUCAUGGUAACCGGCGCCAGCAUUCGCUCCAGCAAAGAGGCGCUCAGGCUAACCAGAAUAUAUCCCGGGACGCUCUAUUCGACCGCCGGCGUGCACCCGCACGACGCCAAGUCCUGGGAGGAACCGAACACCCUGCGCGAAUUGGAGGGCAUAGCCAGCAAUCUGGAAUGCGUCGCGAUCGGAGAGUGCGGCCUGGACUACAGCCGCGACUUCUCCGCCCCGGAGGCGCAGCGCGCCGUGUUCCACAAGCAGAUCGAAUUAGCCUGCGCGUUGAACAAGCCGCUGGUGAUACACGAGAGGGGCGCGCAGAAGGACUUGCUGGAGGUCCUCGACCAGUACAAGAACCGUCUGCCGGCCGUGUUGAUUCACUCCUUCAUCGGCACUGCCGAGGAGGCGCGGAUCUACCUGGAGCGCGGCUUUUAUCUCGGCAUCACCGGCUACCUCUGCAAGGACAAGUCCGACAGCGGCGUCAGACAAUUGCUGGAGGGAGGCCAAGCGCCGCUGGACAAGAUCCUGGUGGAGACCGACGCGCCGUUCAUGUAUCCAAAUACCAGAGCCAGUAAAUUGCCCGUGCACGUCAAGGACGCCCUCACCGAGCGCUCCAUGACAUUUCUCCAGCGUUACUGCACCUUUCAACGUAACGAGCCAUGUGCCUUGCCAGCUAUUGUGGAAAUGGUGGCGGCGUUUAUGCGAACCACGCCGGAACAGGUUGCCCUGGCCACCGCUUUUAACGCUCUCAAAUUAUUCGGUUUGAGUCAAUGAUAUUUCGAAUAACAACACUUCGAUCUCACAGUUCAUUGUUGAAUGCAUAAAGAUGGGUGCUAGUAGGUGCUAUAUGAUCAAUAACAAGCUUAGAUGGGGCUUCGUCUCCGGAGCCAUAACAUAUUUCUUUACAAUGUUUUUCUUUUAAUUGUAGAAAAGUUAUACUCUCUACAAUUUUUAUAUUUUAUCAAAUAUUUUAUCAGAGUAAUUAUUUUAAUAAUUGACUGCUUUGUAGGCUGCUAAAAUUUAUGACAAUCUAUCGAUUGUCGUGUACGAGUCCGUAAGGAACGUACGACGGUGCAGAUAUUUCUUACCCAUAUCUGUGCAAACGUAUACACGUGCGAAAUAUUUUUGUUAUAUCGAGGUUGCUUUUUUCCUCCAAUGAAACGCUGCUUGUUCAGACAAACGAGUUUCUCUACGCCGAGAUUAGAAACGCGCGUUUGUAAGAGAUUUUAAAAAUCAGAUCGCGUGCCAGUUAUCUAAUUAAAUUAUACAUAAUGUAUGUUCCUUUCUAGAUUUUCUAUAUUUAUCUCUUCCGUAUUACAAGUUUAUCCUAAAGAAAGUACAACUAAAAUAAAUAUAUAUAGCAGCCAAUAAUUGUAAAUACUGUAAUUACUGUAAACUCUCGUUAUAUGUCACAGCAUAAUUUGUAAUCUACAAUAAAAAAGAACAGUUGGCCUUUGUAUAAA